AUGGCCGCGGAUGACCCCCUGCGAUUCUCUUUGCCUGGGGUGGAUGGAGCGAAGCGCAGCUUAGGACCUCCCUCCACGGCUCCGACCUAUCUGUCGGAGUCGGCUUCGAGUUCCCCCAAAGCUCGACGCCUGCUUGGAAGCGGCCGCUUCAAUGCCGAGGAGUUAAAAUGCUUCCAGCGCAUUCCGUCUCCGUCAUCGACGUAUCAGCAGAAAGCAGAGGUGUACUGGCAGAACAUGGGCCCCAUGAGGAAGGUCCACGGUGACCUGGGUCUCCACACGCUUCCGGCAAUGAGGGGCGAAUUCUAUCGCUACCGCGCUGCCUCGUCGCCCCAGGAAGCCAAAGAGGAGACGACCAGGCAAGAGCCCGUCGCCGAGAAGCCUACGCUGCUGCCGAGGGAGGAGAUGACGGCGAGCUUGCUAGAUGAGAUCUAUCCUCGGCGACCACCCUCCAGGGAGAAGGAAGAAGAUGCGAGAGGCAAGUCUCAGAAUCAGAAGCUGCGCAAGCAGACCGCAUCCAAUUUGCCAGAGCAGACUGGCCACAUCUCUGGAGAACGUGCCACGCUUGCAAACGGGCUCGCGGCCAACAAAAACUUGUCGCAGGCUUCUCGACGGCUGAUCCAUUUUCGACAAAGGAUCCUUGAGAAGUUCUCGACCAUGAAGUCUGCCUUCGAAACGUUUGCACAGGAGCAUGGCCCUCACGGCACCACAAAGGAGCUUACGAAGAAGGAAUUCUCACGGUUCCUCUUCCGUCACUUCAACGGCCUCCCGAAGGAGGAACACAUCAAAAUCUUCGAGUUCCUGGACCAUGACAAGAAUGGCGUCGUGUCGCUCGACGAGUUUCACACGGCCGUCGAGGCCGCUGCGCCAGUGAAAUCUCUCGAGGACUUGCGUCGGAAGUGGAUCGCACUCGGCUACACCUCCAUGAGACAGGCUUUGUUGGGCAUGGACCUGCACAAGGAGCCUGGCAGAUCCUUUACCCUGGCGGAGUUUGGGGCACACCUCGCCCGGGUAGGAAUUGAAGAGGAGAUAGAGCAUCAGAACAUCUUCGGGGCAAUCCGAGACCCUCACAGCUCACACCAGACUGUAACGCUGGAAAUGCUAGCGGCAGCCAUGAGUGCCAUUUCUCCUUCCUUGUUGUUGGAGGACCUACGUGACAAGAUCCUCAAGAAGUUUGGGACGCUCUCCAACUGCUUCGCAGCGCUUGACAUGGAUCAGGGCGAGUCUUUGGACAUUGGGGAGUUCAUCCGCUAUGCCGUUCCUGCAUGGAAGUUGACGGCUCACGAGGCAGGCAAAGCUUUCCGGCUGAUAGACGUGGACGGCAGCCUCCAAAUAAGUAAAGACGAAUUCGUCACUGCACUCACGCUUUCAGAGCCAAACCUCUAUCUGGAUGAGAUUCGUCGCAAAGUUCGCCAACGUUUCCGAAGUAUGCGAGGGCUGCUCAACGAGGGCAACGAGGACGACAUCGAAGUUGAUGAGGUGGAUUUGAAGCCGCCUCCACCACCGGCUGUGGAGAUUGCACCCUCCAGGAAAGGAUCUCUCUAUCAGAGGCAUUCCAUCGUGGUGCAGGACUCCCCGCGCAGCGACGGCAACGGCAACGGCGGGAUGACUGCCGAAGAGACGGGGCCCAAAAACGCUACGGGGGCGUCCUGGAUCGCGAAGCAUUCGGGCCUCGGUGCCGAGAAGGCGCAAGACCUGCUCAAGGACCUGGUUGGACCCGCCUCUGAAACCGAAGAUGACGGCCGCACUCCCGAGGAGUAUCAGGAAAUGCUCGGACAGGUGGUGGGUUUCGAGAUGUUUCCAGCACAUGACUGCAGACUUGUGGUAAAGACUCUUGCCGUCGACACCACCUGCGUUGCAAACGGAGCCAUCCUGCUGGAGCUGGUCUUCGUAGAUCUCGGAAGCACCGAACGAGAGCCUCCAAGGGGAGAGAGCCAGUUUCAAGCGGACCCUCAAUUAGUUCAAGAUCUCGAAGACUCCAUCCCAGCGUCCCUCCGGGCAGUACCGUAUGAGAAGAACGGAAUCAAGAGAGUGCAGCUUUCCGAGCAAGACACGAAAGCACUCUUCAAUCUCAUGGACGUGAACCGCGACGGCAAGUUGACAACGACGGAGUUCGAGCACGGCGUGCGGCUCUUCGCCCCCUCCACGGCCCUGGAGGACCUUCGCCUGGCCUGCAUCUCGAAGUACGGAGGCAUCCCUGAGGCCUUUGCAUCCCUCCGCCCGGAGCAGCGAGAGGCCAGUUUGGAGUAUCACCAGCUCAAGAAGAUACUGGAGGAUAUUCGUAUAUGGGAUGAGGGCACCGGUGAUCUGCGAUUGAUCAUGGACAUCGUAGAGUGCACCAGAGACGGUGGGACCAGCAUCGGUGAACUUAUGGCAGCCCUCCAAGCUGGGCAGUCCGGAACACAGGUUCGGCUCCCGGCGGAGCAGCGUGAUGCUAAAGUGCGGCAGCAGGUGAAGUGGCAGAUGGCUCCUUUCCGCCGAUGUGCUUCUGAUCUGCGAGCCCAUGUUCGGGAGAAGCUGAAUGCCCACGAGUUGGAGCAGAUGUGGAAUCCCAGGUCUCAGGAGUCGCAUGUUGCGGACAAGAGCAAGAGUGCAGCCCUGCGUGCAGAGACUCAGACGGCCAUCCACAAGUGGAAGAGGGAUAAGAGUCUGCCCGCCUUGCGGCGCAUCGAUCAUGAGGGUCAAGACCCUUCCUGGGCCGGGUUGUCUGUAGCUGCCGAGGAAGAGCUUUCCAGCAACACCAUUCCGUGGGGCCCCAUGCGAACGAGCUUCUCCAAGGUGUUUCUGAAGACUUUGGACACCAAGGAGCUCAGGCCCAUCAUCAAUUCCAUGCACCACUACUACGCCACUGCAGGGGAGACGGUGACGAGCCGUGAGGCUUUUCUGAACAAGCAGCAAAGCAGGUUCGAGCAGUUCAAGAGCUGUACGCACCAUUACAAACUCCUGACGCGACAGCCUGGAGGAACCUGA